GUGGUUGGGAUGCACUAACCAGUGACUUGGAUGUGCACUGAUGGCUUUCUGCCUGCAUAGCCCAAGAUGGUCUGGAGGCGAAUUUGGUUCUUGUGUAGCUUGCAGUUCCUUAUCACAAACAGCUCGUGGACAGAAAAGCUGGACCACGGAAGCAUUUCGGGAUUUCCGAGCUAUGAUGAGGCCAACAAACUGUUGGAGCAGUUCUUGCAGCAGCACCCAAAUGAGCUAACGAAGCAACAGAUUGGCAAAAGCUUUGAGAGUCGGCCAAUCUAUGCAUACAUUCUUGGAACCAGGGAUGGAAGGCAGCAACAUCCGCCUCAGGUGUUGCUGACUGCCUUGACACAUGCACGGGAGCCAGCAGGCUUAACGGUGCUGAUCUACUUUUUGGGGCACUUGCUUGAUCAGUUUCAGCAAGGUGAUGCCCAGGCCCGCUACAUCCUGGAGAUGCGAGAAGUGUGGUUUGUGCCCUUUGUGAAUCCUGAUGGUUAUGUGGCAAAUCAGGGCCUUCGCAACAAGGUUAUCAGGAAGAAUAGAAGACCAACCUGUCGGUCUUCAAAGAAUGGAGGUGUUGACUUGAACAGGAACUUCGGCGUACAUUGGUCCAGCGGAUUCGAUGGCUGCAACGAGGAGCAUGGUGGAAAGCAACCGUUCUCUGAGCCGGAGACCCAAGCGCUGAAAACAAUUUGCGAGGAUAACAGUUUCAAGACGGCCAUGAACUUUCACGCCUAUGGCAGCAUGCUGACUCACCCGUACAACUGGGCCAACACAGACUUGCUGCCUGCUGAAGACAAAGCCGUUUACAAGGAGAUUGCUCGAGUGUUUGGCUUCAAGAAGUUCGGGACGGCAAUUCAGACAGUGGGCUACACAACCACUGGCGAGUCUGACGACUGGAUGUAUUCCGCGAGGCACAUUAUCUCAAUGUCGCCGGAGGUGGGUCCUGAGAGUGGUGGCUUCUGGCCACCACGAUCAGAGAUUGCUGGCAUCAACUCUCGCAACUUUGAUCGGACCUCGUAUGUGGUCCUAAAGGCUGGAAUGGAGCUGAUGGUAGAGGGAGCCUACCAGCGACUGGAAGAGUUUCUCCAGAAAGGGCCUCGCCCGCCAGGUCUGGAUGAUUUGGUAGGGGGUAUACCAGAAAGCCUGCUACAGAUCAGGAUAUCCAACCUGGGGCUUUCAUCAAGUGUUGGGAAGGUGCUUCACGUUGGCAUCCAGGGGGUGGCCGUUGGUACUCCAGGCGACGGUGGCUUGCUCCUGCAGGAUGGCAAAACGCAGCAGUUGUUUGCGGCCAACGGAAUCAUAUCUUUUCAGGUCGGAACCAUUGAGAAGCGCAGCAGCCGGACUGUGUGGAUUAUACCAGCAAGGUCUUGGCAGGCUGGGACGCUGCUGACCUGUGUGGCCGAGGCUGCCUCGGGCUCCCGAGUUUGUCAUUGUUCGUCGUCUGGAAGAGAGAUUUAUGCUUUGCCUGAUUCGACUAUUUCUGGCUCUUCGAAGCUUUGCGCAGCUGCUCUAGGAGUUCAAGGCUUCACAACAGCUGAGCCAAUUGCAGAGGUGCCCGGCGUUGCCCAGACAAGGAUUCCAGCAACUACAGGGUUUGCAACCACUGCGCCUUUCUUCCAAAUCGCAUCGGGCACAACUCGAUUGCCUUUCAGCCUGGGACAAGAGAAGCUGAUGGAGUCUUCGUCUCUGCCAGGCGACUUGAGCCAGGACACAGUCUCCGCUACGUGGCUACUUCUAGCUUUGGGCAUUACUUUUGUAGGGAUGUUCCUAUGUUUGUUCAUGCAGAGCUAUGUGGUUCCUCGAGCUGUAGCUCGACGUGCUCCAACUGCUUUGGACUAUGAACGCAUCCCAGGUUUACAAGUGUCCCGUGUGGAAGAGGACAGUGAUGAUUUGGGUUUCAGCCCACAUGCCUGAGAAAUCCUGCGAGCAGAUGGAUGUGUCUCACGUCCUGACAAAAGAAACCGCGCUUGUGCUUCUGACGAAGGGGUUGAAAUGCAAAGUGUUGACAGCCCUACAUCGUUGUGGCUGUGCAGCACUCAGUGUAAAGUAAGGAAAGUAUUGACUCGUG